GUUAAGCAGUGGUUUGAAAGAGGGGUAGGCGGCUGGAAGGGUUUCUUAAAACAAUUUGUCCAAGUCCUAGUGUAAUCAUGAGAGAAUGCAUAUCUGUCCACGUUGGCCAGGCAGGAGUUCAGAUAGGCAAUUCCUGCUGGGAACUUUAUUGCCUGGAGCAUGGACUUCAGCCAGAUGGCACAAUGCCUAGUGAAAAGUCUGCUACAAUGGUGGAUUCUUCCUUUGGGACUUUCUUCAGUGAAACUGGGUCUGGCAAACAUGUACCCAGAGCUGUUUUUGUUGACUUGGAGCAAACUGUUAUUGGUGAGAUCAGAAAUGGACCCUAUCGAUCAUUAUUCCAUCCAGAACAACUCAUUACAGGGAAGGAAGAUGCAGCCAACAACUAUGCACGGGGUCACUAUACUAUUGGAAAGGAAUUGAUAGAUUCUGUGCUUGACCGCGUACGAAAAAUGGCUGAUCAGUGUUCUGGCCUCCAAGGAUUUCUUGUCUUUCAUAGUUUUGGAGGAGGAACAGGCUCUGGUUUUACUUCUUUAUUGAUGGAACGUCUUUCUGUUGAUUAUGGAAAGAAAUCAAAGCUUGAAUUCUCUGUUUAUCCUGCCCCUAGAAUAUCCACUGCAGUGGUAGAACCGUACAAUUCCAUCCUGACAACGCACACAACUCUGGAACAUUCAGACUGUGCCUUCAUGGUGGACAAUGAAGCUAUUUAUGACAUUUGCAACCGCAAUUUGGAUAUUGAACGUCCUUCUUAUACUAAUUUAAACAGAUUAAUAGCUCAAAUAGUUUCUUCCAUCACGGCCUCCUUGAGGUUUGAUGGAGCACUAAAUGUUGAUCUAACAGAGUUCCAAACAAACUUGGUGCCUUAUCCUCGAAUCCACUUCCCAUUGGUGACCUAUUCACCCAUUAUUUCAGCAGAGAAAGCUUAUCAUGAGCAGCUAUCUGUGCCAGAAAUAACCAAUGCUUGUUUUGAAUAUUCCAACCAGAUGGUGAAAUGUGACCCUCGUCGUGGUAAAUAUAUGGCUUGCUGUCUCCUGUACAGAGGUGAUGUGGUGCCCAAAGAUGUCAAUGCAGCCAUUGCUGCAAUAAAAACCAGGAGGAGCAUUCAGUUUGUUGACUGGUGUCCAACUGGCUUUAAGGUGGGAAUUAACUACCAGCCUCCGACAGCUGUGCCAGGAGGAGACGUGGCAAAAGUCCUACGUGCUGUUUGUAUGUUAAGUAACACCACAGCUAUUGCAGAGGCUUGGGCCAGGUUGGACCAUAAGUUUGACCUGAUGUAUUCAAAGAGGGCCUUUGUGCACUGGUAUGUUGGGGAAGGUAUGGAAGAAGGGGAGUUCUCUGAGGCUAGAGAGGAUAUGGCUGCCCUAGAAAAGGACUAUGAAGAGGUGGGUACAGAGUCGGGUGAUGGUGGUGAAGAUGAGGAGGAUGAAUACUGAGUAAUGCAUUACUUUUAGUAAUGCUUUGAUGCUAUGUUUAAAUACAGGGCCUUUCAUGGUUAAUGUUUGCUUUAAGAUACUAUACCAGACAUGCUCCUGGAUUGGCCUGUCAUUUAAUGUAUUUGUCAAUAUUCACUUGUAUAAAAAGCACUGUAAUGGGUUUUUGUUUUCAUUGUUUAACGUAAAGCCCAAACAGGAGGUUAUAAUGCAUAAAUGGUAAGAAAUGGCAUCUGUGCUGUUUUUUUCAAUAAAAAAAAUAUCAAUACAUGG